AUGACUUUACAUCGCAGACACUCACGUAAUGCACACAAGCACACCGAUUCUAAUGAGAAUGAGAAUGAGCACGAGUUGGACGCAGUAAGCGGGACCGACGAGGGCGACCGCGGCGGAGCGGGCGAGAGGCAGGGUGAAGAUGAUGGAGAAAGAGGAGCUAACAAAGAAACGGGAGGAGGAGAACCCAAGAAGAAGAAGAUGCGUAUGCCCGGGAACACAGCAUUCAAACAGCAGCGGCUGCGUGCAUGGCAGCCCAUCCUUACACCGAAGCAGGUCCUGCCGACGCUCUUCCUGAUCGGCCUUAUCUUUGCGCCUAUCGGUGCAGUCCUGCUGUCGUACUCGAAUAGAGUACACGAGUUCACGCUGACGUACACCGAUUGCGACACACUCGCACCACGCGAUGGUACAUUCGGGGACAUGCCAGCGACGGCAUACUCCUAUCCUACAUUUGAAGGGGCCGCGCCGCCGCGCUGGCAGUACAGUGCGAAUGACAGCGCCGAGAACCCACUCGAGCGGCGCGGAUGCACAAUCAGAUACGACGUGCCGGGCGAUAUGCAGCCAGGGGUGUUCAUGUACUACAAGCUGAACAGAUACUACCAGAAUCACCGGCGGUAUGUCAAGUCGUUCGAUCAGAAGCAGUUCCAGGGUCAGUACCGCACCGCGAAGGAGCUGCACGACGGGGACUGCAAGCCGCUCGGACGGACCGCAGAUAACAAGCCUAUCUAUCCUUGCGGGCUGAUAGCGAACAGCGUCUUCAAUGACACGUUUACACUCCCCAGACAGCUCAAUGGCGUUAGCGGGGAUGUGGAUAGGAAUUACAACAUGACUGACAAAGGUAUUACAUGGUCGCACGAGGGUAAGAAAUACGAAUAUCCAGAAAAUGCUCCGCCAGGAAACGAACCUUAUGUGCCUCCACCUAAUUGGGUAGAACGCUUUCCGGGCGGUGUGUACAGUAACGAACACCCUCUGCCGCAUUUGUCCCAAGAUGAGCAUUUCAUGGUGUGGAUGCGUCCCGCUGCCUUCCCGGACUUUGCGAAACUGUACUUCAGGAAUGACGACGAGGUUAUGGAAACGGGUACUUACGAAUUGACGGCACAUAUGAAUUACCCCGUGAAACAAUUUGGUGGGAAGAAGAGUAUCGUAUUCACUACUGUGACAUGGGCUGGUGGUAGAAAUAACUUUCUGGGUAUAGCUUAUAUUUCCAUUGCAGCUUUCUGCGUUGCUGUAGGAAUGGUAUUUACCCUCAGGCAACUCAUUAGACCACGCCGAGUGGGCGAUCUUGGCCUGCUCAGCUGGAACCAACCCAACGCAAAAUCAGAUUGA